CAAUAAAAAUCUUCAGAAAUGAGUGCAUCCACCUAACAUACAUAUAUAAAAAAAGAUAGUAGAGUAGAGUUACGUGCUGCUCGCGAGUAGCGUGAGCCAAACCAUCCCAAAGUACUGUAAAAAAAAAAUAAAAAAAAAAUUGUUGUUCUUGUUGUUAUUGUUGUGAAUAAAGUAGAAAGAAAAAUAUUACUAGUGACUGACUGACUGACUCGUGAGAGUCGUGAGAGAAUUCGUUAUUUUUUUUUUGCUCACCAAAAAAUUUGUGCACAUGUGUUUGUGUAUGUAAAAGAAAAGUUGUCCAAUUUGUUGUUGUUGUGACACACACAAGAAAGAAAGAAAGAAAGGAAACGAGAAAUUACAGGACGGGAAAUACAACGCGACAACACGACAGUCACGAGGGACUCAAUUAAUAUGGAUAAAGACUUCACUAAAAAUGGGGACCAUCAACAAUUUUAUGACCAGCAGCCAUCGUUGGCGCCAAAUGAUAAUAUUAUUAUAACAACAGCCGAAACUCAAUCGAUAUUACAAGAUAAUCCACAGACACUUUUAAAGCCCAUCGAGGAGACAAGUCCACUAGCGGGUGCAGUAAGGACAUCGUCACUUCCACUUACACGUCAUCAUCAUCAUAAACGGUCAAUCUUCUUCCGACGUCGUCGUCCUUCGUUAACGGAUGUAUGGCAAAAGACAUUAUCAGCGACAAUGACAACGGCAGUGGCAACAAAUGCAAGUGGUGGUGUCAUUUAUCCAGCACAACAGACUCAACCGCAACCGCAAUUUAGUACAGAUGAUGCACAGACGACAGUUAAUGCAAAUGGUGCGCCGGGAUCAACAACUGGUGGACCAAAUGCAGCGGGUGCAGCACAAGCAGCACCACCAAAACGACCCGUUAGACGAGGCGGAAAGCCAUUACCUGAUCGACCCGUACGAGCGCUCUUCUGUUUAUCACUUAAAAAUCCGAUACGGAAGUUGUGCAUUGACAUUGUUGAAUGGAAACCAUUCGAUUAUCUCAUCUUGUUAACAAUUUUUGCCAAUUGUAUUGCCUUAGCUGUCUUCACACCUUAUCCAAAUAAUGAUUCCAAUUUGACUAAUAGCUACUUGGAGAGGAUUGAGAGCAUUUUUCUUGUCAUUUUUACUGCCGAGUGUGUCAUGAAAAUUAUCGCGUAUGGAUUAGUCAUGCAUCAGGGGGCAUAUUUGAGAAACGGAUGGAAUUUGCUCGAUUUUAGUAUUGUUGUGAUAGGUAUGAUAUCAGUAGUGCUGUCAAGUAUCCUAGGUAAUUUCGAUGUGAAAGCGCUACGUGCCUUUCGUGUUUUACGUCCAUUACGUCUCGUUUCUGGCGUACCAUCACUUCAGGUCGUUUUAAAUUCAAUUUUGCGCGCCAUGGUGCCUUUACUCCACAUUGCAUUACUCGUCCUUUUCGUAAUUAUCAUUUAUGCAAUCAUUGGCUUAGAAUUAUUCUCCGGUAAACUUCAUCGGACGUGCUUUCAAAAUGGAACAAAUGUGAUGAUGGACGAUCCAAAUCCGUGCGGUGAAGAUGGAUUUGAUUGUGGCACGCUGGAUCCGGUUGAUGGACAUUCAAUGGUGUGCAGUUUGUAUUGGGAUGGACCAAAUAAAGGAAUCACAAAUUUUGAUAAUUUUGGAUUGGCAAUGUUGACAGUCUUCCAGUGUGUUACGCUUGAAGGCUGGACUGAUAUGCUUUAUCACAUUCAGGAUGCUAUGGGAAAUAGCUGGCAGUGGAUUUACUUUAUUUCUAUGGUUAUUCUUGGUGCAUUCUUCGUCAUGAACUUGAUUCUUGGUGUUCUUUCCGGUGAGUUUUCCAAAGAAAGAACGAAAGCAAAGAAUCGAGGCGACUUCCAGAAGCUCCGUGAGAAGCAGCAAAUUGAAGAAGAUCUUCGAGGUUAUCUUGACUGGAUCACACAAGCUGAAGACAUAGAACCAGAGAAUGAGAGUAGCACAAUGCAAGAUGGAAAAGGCAAAAUAACAAAUGACAUGGAUUCGACGGAUCAGCUGGGCGAUGAGAAUGAAAUGGUGCAAGAGUCGUGGUUCUCAAGAAAGAAAAAGGAUAUGGACAGGAUUAACAGAAGGAUGAGAAGAGGAUGUCGACGUGCUGUCAAGUCGCAAGCAUUUUAUUGGUUAAUUAUCGUCCUCGUAUUUUUGAAUACUUGUGUAUUAGCUACAGAAUACUAUCAGCAACCAGAGUGGCUUGAUCAUUUUCAAGAAAUAACCAACCGGAUAUUCGUUGCCCUCUUCACACUCGAGAUGUUGGUUAAAAUGUACAGUUUAGGAUUUCAAGGUUACUUCGUGUCACUAUUCAAUCGAUUUGACUGUUUCGUUGUUAUUGGCAGCAUAGCUGAAAUGGUUUUAACAAAUACGGAAGUUAUGCCCCCGCUCGGUGUUUCUGUGUUGCGUUGUGUUCGUCUGCUGAGAGUUUUUAAGGUUACAAAGUACUGGCGAUCACUGUCAAAUCUCGUCGCAUCACUUUUAAAUUCAAUUCAGUCAAUUUUCUCGCUGUUGUUACUUUUGUUCUUGUUCAUUAUCCUAACAGGCGAGGAUUGGAAUGCAGUAAUGUACGAUGGUAUAGAAGCCUACGGAGGUGUAAAGUCAUUUGGUAUCCUAGCAUGCAUAUACUUCAUUAUCCUCUUCAUUUGCGGUAACUACAUCCUCUUAAAUGUUUUCUUGGCUAUCGCUGUCGAUAACUUGGCUGAUGCUGAUUCACUCACGAAUGUUGAGAAGGAGGAGGAAGAGGAAGGUGUGGAAGAAGAAGGCGAGAAAAAGUCGCACAGUCCAACGCCAAUUGAUAAUGAUUUAGAGAUGGAUGAGGACAUGGAAGGAGAACGUGAUGGAGAUAUGUACGAUCGAGAUGAAGAGACGGAAUCAGAAACGAAAAUUCGAAUGCCGCAGGAUGGGUACGAAAAUAUGGAAAGUGCAGAUGAGGAUGAGGACGACGACGAUGAUAAAAUGGAGCCAAUAACCGCACGACCGCGACGAAUGUCAGAAAUAAGUGUGAAGAAAAGCAAGAAGCCGAUACCAAAAGGAAGUGCUUUCUUCAUUUUCUCGCACACAAACAGGUUUCGAGUUUUUUGUCACAGCUUCUGCAAUCACGCUCAGUUUGGCAACAUUAUCUUGGCGUGCAUUAUGUUGUCGUCCGUUAUGUUAGCUGCUGAAAAUCCAAUGGAUGCUAAUGAUGAUCGAAAUUUGAUUCUAAACAAAUUUGAUGUCUUUUUCACCACAGUGUUCACAAUCGAGCUGUUGUUACGGCUCGUCUCUUACGGGUUUAUUCUACACAAAGGAGCCUUUUGUCGUUCCGCGUUCAAUUUACUCGACUUACUUGUCGUUUGUGUUUCAUUGUCUUCAUUUGUUGGCGACUCCGAAGCCAUGUCGGCUGUGAAAAUUCUUCGAGUUUUUCGUGUCUUACGUCCACUGCGUGCUAUCAAUCGUGCCAAAGGAUUAAAGCAUGUAGUACAAUGUGUAAUUGUGGCUGUAAAAACUAUUGGAAAUAUCGUACUUGUUACAUGUUUACUGCAAUUUAUGUUUGCUGUUAUAGGAGUUCAGUUAUUUAAGGGAAAAUUCUUCAGUUGCACUGACGGCUCAAAGCGUACCGAAGAGGAGUGUCACGGGACAUAUUUAGUGAUAUCAGGUGACGACUCCGAGAGUCCUGAGAUACGUGAUCGUGUGUGGGACAAUAAUCGCUUCCAUUUUGAUGACGUUGCCAAAGCUAUGUUGACGCUGUUUACAGUCUCAACGUUUGAAGGGUGGCCUAACUUACUUUACGUGUCAAUUGACUCAAAUGCUGAAAAUUAUGGACCAAUACACAAUUUUAGACCUAUUGUUGCUGCUUAUUAUAUUGUAUAUAUUAUUAUUAUUGCAUUCUUUAUGGUUAACAUAUUCGUCGGUUUCGUUAUUGUCACUUUCCAAAAUGAGGGUGAGCAGGAAUACAUCCCGAAGCAUCGGAUCCAGUAUAAAGUAUGGUGGUUCGUUACAUCGCAGCCAUUCGAAUAUGCAAUAUUCAUUCUCAUCAUGAUAAAUACGAUAACAUUAGCAAUGAAAUUCUAUCGACAACCGCGCGAAUAUACGGAAGCACUCGACGUCCUCAACAUGAUUUUUACAGCUGUUUUUGCACUCGAAUUUGUUUUUAAAUUGGCAGCAUUUCGAUUUAAAAAUUACUUUGGUGAUGCAUGGAAUGUUUUCGAUUUUAUAAUUGUCCUUGGAUCAUUUAUCGAUAUUGUCUAUUCGGAAGUUAAUCAAAUGAAUGCGAUGGCAAAGGAUACAGCGGCAACGACGGCAGCAGCAGCAGCUAUGGCAUCCGGAGCAACUGCCGGGACUGUUAAAGCAGCAUCGGGUAGCAUAAUUUCCAUCAAUUUCUUCCGUCUCUUUCGUGUUAUGAGAUUGGUGAAAUUGUUGGCAAGAGGUGAAGGCAUUCGAACACUGCUUUGGACAUUUAUUAAAUCUUUUCAAGCACUGCCAUAUGUUGCACUGCUGAUUGUGAUGUUGUUCUUUAUUUAUGCUGUCAUUGGCAUGCAGAUGUUUGGUAAAAUUGCACUCGACAAUGCUGAUGAGGAAUCCGCGAUUACGAGGAACAACAACUUUCAGACAUUUCCACAAGCAGUUCUGGUGCUGUUUCGGUCAGCGACGGGUGAAGCAUGGCAGGACAUCAUGUUAGAUUGCUCAAAUCGUGCUGAUGCUUACUGUGAUAUGGCAUCGGACUCAGCUUUUGAGGGUCAAACGUUAAAGAAUGUGUUUCCUUUGGAUACGAAGAGGAAAACAUGCGGAACCAGCAUUGCAUUUCCUUAUUUCAUCUCAUUUUACGUACUUUGUUCGUUCUUGAUCAUCAACUUGUUCGUUGCCGUCAUCAUGGACAACUUUGACUACCUUACACGAGAUUGGUCAAUUCUCGGUCCACAUCAUCUCGACGAGUUCAUCCGUCUAUGGAGUGAAUAUGAUCCCGAUGCAAAAGGUCGAAUAAAGCAUCUCGAUGUAGUCACACUACUUCGAAAAAUAUCACCGCCCCUCGGAUUUGGUAAACUUUGUCCACAUCGUGUUGCAUGUAAGCGACUCGUGUCAAUGAACAUGCCACUGAAUAGUGAUGGAACGGUGUUAUUCAAUGCAACAUUGUUUGCUGUGGUGCGAACAUCGUUAAAAAUAAAAACUGAGGGAAAUAUUGACGAUGCAAAUGCGGAACUGCGAGCGACAAUCAAACAAAUUUGGAAGCGAACAAGUCCAAAAUUACUUGAUCAAGUUGUACCGCCUCCUGGAAAUGAUGAUGAAGUUACUGUUGGUAAAUUUUAUGCGACAUUCUUGAUUCAGGAUUACUUUAGACGAUUUAAGAAGCGAAAAGAACAAGAAAGUCGUGACGGUGACUUAAAUGACUGCAAUACAGUGACCUUACAAGCUGGUUUGAGGACUUUACAUGAAGCUGGUCCAGAACUUAAGCGAGCAAUUUCUGGAAAUCUUGAUGAACUAAGCGAUGAUAAUCCAGAACCAAUGCAUCGUAGAAAUCACACAUUAUUCGGUAGUGUCUGGUCGUCGAUGAGGAAACAAAAGCCAUUUUCGAGAAAUCGAAUGUUAAAGUCAUCCAAUAAUGGCAACAAUAGUAACAAUAACAAUAAUAAUAGCAAUGCAAUCAACAAUAAUACAAUAAGUCUGGCAACGUCGGCUGCUCAUAAUAUGACAUCGACAACUGUCGCAAUAUCUGGCGACUUUCUUGGCAAUGACUUUAAUAAAAUGAAUAAUAAUACUGGACAGCGACUGACGGAUGGAUUGAAUAAUAUUACAAAGAGUAUCAUGCAGCAACGUGGUGUACAGCAAUUGGAGGCACAUGAUGAUAUUCCAUUGAGACCGUUGUUGUUGAAUGGAAAUCAAAAUUCAAGCCCUAAUCAGCUGCAGCCUCAAAAUGAAUCCGAAAUCGCUGACGAAAACUCUCAGCCAGAAGAUAAAAUUGAAGAAUCCAGACUUGAUUCAUCACCACACCCAUCACUCUCAGCACAAUCAUCAGUCGCCAGUUACAGCUUUGACUCAUCAACCGUAGGAAGUUAUAAGGCACCGCACAGACAACGUCUACUGCUUUUUCGAUAUAGUCGCUACAGUCAAAAGAACCAAAAUUUAGAGAAUUUAAUUCAAAAAACCACAAUGGGAUCACAAAAUUUAUUAAGACGUGGCAGUUCAUUGGACACUGCAUCGCUGUCUAGUCAGAAAAGAAUGAGAAUUAGGAAAGACAGUCAAUAUCAAUCAAUGAUUGAGGACACGUCUGUAGAUUCUGAUGGAUCAAAUAUGACAUCGGUUACAACAACAACUACGGCCUCUUCGGCAUCAUCACCACCAUCAACAACCCACACUCGUCAACUCCAGCACACACCAUCCAUUCAGCAACGUCAAAUUCAAUUUCGUCGACGCAUGCAACAACAAAAAGCAAUCGCAACAAAUGCAAUGAUGAGAAUUCAACAUCAAAAUCGUUCGGACCCGUCAUCAUCGGAUGAUGGAAUGCCUCAACCAAUAAGUCAUAGAGUUGCGACAGGCAUUCAUUUAGCACAUAACAAGACAAUCGCACCAGCUGGUCUCAUUUCAGAGACAAUUGAGAUGAAAAAUUUGUCAUCGCCUCCAUCGUCAGUCUCAUCGUUUGACAUAAAGCCACAAAAUGUUCGUCAGGAGAGUUGUGGAAAGACAACAAGUCCAACGACGGUCGGAUCUGACCGUGACACAUUUGAAACGUCUUUGUCUAUUCGUGGCAGUGAGAAGAGUGAGGACGAAUCGGGUUACAGAAGAUCGCGCUCAUUUCACGGAAAAGCGGUGAUGGAAAGGAACGGUAUUAAUCAGCGUGCCAUCCAUUCAACACCAUCGAGUCCACAAGGUGCACGACCAUCGUUCGAAGUAGUUGGAUCAGCCGAGAGCUUAGUUGGACGGGUUCUCGCCCAACAAGGCCUCGGAAAAUACUGCGAUGAAGACUUUGUACGUUACACAUCGCGUGAAAUGCAAGAAGCACUUGAACUGACGCAAGAAGAAAUGGACCUUGCGGCUCAUAAGCUUCUCCAACGUGAACAACAACCGUUUGUACCGAAACAGCCACAGCAACAGCAAUAUCCAAAACCACCACCACGUCAAAAUCGCUCAGAUAAAUUAUAGCAUGAUUCAAUUGCCAAUAUUUGAUUUAUUUACUUUGCGACUUCGUAAAAAAAUAUUUUUUUUAUUUGAUCUUUUUUUUGGUAAGCAGAUUUAGCUUCAUUUUUGAUGGCAUUUAAGGAAUCUGUAGAAAAUAAGGCAAAAAAAUCUAGAAAAACUGCCUUUUUAAAAAAAUCAAUUUUUGCAAUAAAAUUUCCAAUAUUUUAUUUUGUCGCGUGGAAGUUCAAGAGUUGUUGCCACGCAUAGAAUUUACUAUAAAGUGAAAAAGACUCAAAUAAUUAUUGUUAAACAAAUAAUAAUCAAAAUUAGAAAGAAAAAAAGAAUGAGAAAAAUAAAAUAAAAUUUAUUAGGUUUUAAAAUGGAAACAUUUUUUAAAUUUAAAGAAAUUAAAAUUGAAUAUUUUCAUAAAAGAAGUUAAUUUGGUUUAAAAAAUGGGAAAUCAUUUAGUUUCUGGAGGGCUAAGAUUUGGUCCUCUCGGGGUUUAUAUUGAUCCUCUCAAGACUGAAUUUAAUCCUUUUGGGACUAAAUUAGAUCCUCUCUGAAUUGAAUUUGAUCCUCUCAGGACUGAAUUUAAAUCUCUCGGGACUAAAUUUGAUCCUCUUGGGACUGAAUUUAAUCCUCUCAGGAUUGAAUUUGACUAUCUCGGGACUAAAUUUGAUCCUCUCUGGACUGAAUUUGAUCCUCUCAGGAUUGAAUUUGACCAUCUCGGGACUAAAUUUGAUCCUCUCUGGACUGAAUUUGAUCCUCUCAGGAUUGAAUUUGACCAUCUCGGGACUAAAUUUGAUCCUCUCGGGACUGAAUUUAAUCCUCUCAGGAUUGAAUUUAACCAUCUCGAGACUAAAUUUGAUCUUCUGGAGACAGAAUUGACCCUAUAGGAAAUAUAAUAUGGUUUAAAUUUGAAAAAUUCCUUUCAAACAAUUUCAAUAAUUUACUAUAAAACCUGCAAAAAUGGAAUAAUUUUUUUAAUCACUCUUAGCUGCUUAAUCUUUAUUAAAUUAAAGAAAUCAAUUAUUUUUCAUGUAAAUUAGGAAGAAAAAAAACUUAAAAUCGUGAAGAAAAAGGAAAAAUUUGUUAACAUUUUAUACUCGAGAAACUGAUGAGAAACUCAAAGAGUUGAUAUUAAAAAAACUGACCAUAAAUAUGUAAAUUUUAGUGACUAAAUGAGACGAGAUAAUAUAAGAUGUAGAGAACUAUGAGCUAGGAUGAAUUUUUUAAAAAAUAUGUAGAAAAAUUAAGCUAAAUUAUUGGAUGAUGAAGUUGAGGGAAAAACUUCCAUGCUGAUGAUGGGCAUAAAUGAUGAAACUUGGUUUUUAAUACAUUAAAAAUUCAAAAUAAUAAAAUCCAAAUUCCACUGGGAAGCUAAUUUGUGUAAAGAUCACGACAAUUCUGACAAGUUCAUUAUAAAAAUCAAUCUUAGCUCGGAACUUUUUUUCACUUUAAAACGUAAAGUAAAACACAUAAAAUUCUAACAUUUAAGCUCAAAUUUAAUUUCUACGACAAAACUGAAAAGAAAUGAAGAAUCAUUACAGCCAGACCUAGGGUUAACACUUUCUAUCUAGAUGAAUUUAUAUAAAUAGAAAAAUUAGUAAAAAAUGUGUUUUUCUACUAUUGAAAUGAAAGAAAACGUUUUGCAGCACAACAAAAAAUAUUUGAGGUAGUUUUGUGAAUGUUUUAUUGAUUAGCGUGGAAGUUCAAAACUAUUAGAGAUCUGAAAAAUUAGUCAAAUUCUACGAAAUCAAUGAAAAAUUCACAAAAAAAUUUCUCAAACAAUCUAGAUCCUUUUAAAAGUGUCUAAAUAUGACAAACGCAACCUAGUACGACAAGAUAUUUAUACAUAAAAAUUAAAUGAGUUUUUAAAAACCAAAUUGAGACAGAAAUGAAAAGAGAGAAAAAAAUCCUUAAAUGUUGAAUGUUCGAAUCCUUUCAAAUUAUAUAAAAAAAUGGGUAAAAAUGUAUUUAAAUAAAAUUGUAACAAUUUUUUAAGAUGAAAAUUGAUUGUUAUCCGCUAAAUAUUUAUACA